AUGGAAGCAGUGUGCCGGCGCCGCCGCAAACUGCGCAGCGACGCCGGCAGAGCAGCAGUAACAGCAACGUUAACAACGUCAACAACAACGGCGGCCGGGUUUCAUUUGCUGCUGCUGCUGUCGUUGCUGUUAGCUUCGUUGGCAGUACCGGCAACAGCGAUGUCGACUUCGAAGUCGGCGUUGGCGUUGUCGUCAACGUCGAUGCACUUGAACGCAACUCCAAAAGUUGACAGCGUCCAUGAAACCAAAGAAAUUCGAAGUUCGACAAAGCAACUUAGUGAAAUUAAUGUCAAUAUUGUGUCAAGCACGCCCACUGCCACGCCCACGGGCAUAAGGGAGAAUGUAAUGCUGUCCUCAUCGGACUCUGAGCGAGAGGCACAAAUUCUCUACGAGAAGUCGCUGCAGGAAUAUCACGGCACACAGAUUGCUACGGAAACAGCGACAUUCAUUAUCCCAGCACAGCGUUCCCUGCACAGUGUCUGCGAGCUGUGGCUGCAGAAGCAUUGUCACUGCACCGGCACCCUGGAGAACCUCAAAUUGAGCUGUCGCAGCAUUGGAAUCCUUGCGGUGCCAGUCAACUUACCCAACGAGGUGUUCCAAUUAGACUUGGGCAACAACAAUUUAACCAAACUGGAAGCAAACUCAUUUUUUAUGGUACCGCAUCUGGAGGAGCUAACUUUGUCCGACAAUAGCAUCAUUAAUAUGGAUCCUUACACGUUUUAUGGACUGGUCAAAUUGAAGCGUUUAAGUUUGCAAAACUGUGGACUUAAAUCGUUGGCUCCGCAAUCAUUUCAAGGACUCGGCCAACUUGUCAGCCUUCAAUUGAAUGGCAACGCCUUGGUCAGCCUGGAUGGCAAUUGCUUGGGCAACCUGCAGAAACUGCGCUCCUUGCGCCUUGAGGGGAAUCUCUUCUAUCGCGUUCCAACAAACGCUUUGGCCGGACUCAGAACACUUGAAGCACUCAAUUUGGGCAGCAAUUUGUUGACAAUAAUAAAUGAUGAGGACUUUCCGAAGAUGCCAAAUUUGAUCGUGCUAUUACUGAAGCGAAAUCAAAUCAUGAAAAUUUCCGCGGGCGCUCUUAAGAAUUUAACGGCUUUAAAAGUUUUUGAAUUGGAUGAUAAUUUGAUAAGCAGCUUGCCGGAGGGACUCAGCAAAUUGACGCAGCUGCAAGAGCUUUCAAUGACAAGCAAUCGUCUGCGCUGGAUAAAUGAUACGGAGCUUCCACGGAGCAUGCAGGUGCUCGACCUGAGAGCCAAUCCAUUGUCCACAAUCACAACUGGCGCAUUUCGUGGCAUGUCCAAGCUAAGGAAACUCAUAUUAUCAGACGUGCGCACUUUAAGAAGCUUUCCCGAACUUGAGGCCUGCCAUGCCUUGGAGGUACUCAAGUUGGACCGUGCUGGCAUUCAAGAAGUGCCAUCGAAAUUGUGUCGUCAAACACCAAGACUGAAGAGUUUAGAACUUAAGACCAAUUCCCUGAAAAACAUCCCAAAUUUAAAUAGCUGCAGAGACUUAAGGCUGUUAGAUCUAUCGAGUAAUCAAAUCGAAACACUGCAAGGACGACCGUUUUAUGGCCUGAAACAGCUGAACGAUCUGUUGCUCUCCUACAAUCGUAUCAAGUCAUUGCCACAGGACGCCUUUCAGGGUAUACCCAAGCUACAGUUACUUGAUCUGGAGGGCAAUGAGAUAACAUUUAUACAUAAGGACGCUUUUGCAAGCUUCACAGCUCUAGAGGAUCUCAACUUGGGCAACAACAUCUUUCCACAUCUUCCUAAGGCAGGCCUAGGUGCUCUACUUCAUCUGAAGACCUUUAACAAUCCGAAACUGCGAGAAUUCCCACCGCCUGACACCUUUCCACGAAUUCAGACUCUCAUUCUUUCUUAUGCGUACCAUUGCUGCGCCUUUAUCCCACUGGUCGCCAUGUCCGCCCAGCGCAAGACUUCCCAAGUACAAGAGGCGGUGCUCUUUCCCUCCGAUGCCGAAUUCGAUAUGAAUCUCUGGAAUACCACCAUGAUGAACAUAUGGCCUCAGAUGUACAAUCUUAGCAAGCAGCUGGGAGCUACAGCUCACGAUCUGUGGGACACCCCCAGCUAUAUGACCAACUACAAAUAUGAGGACUCACAACAGCUGCCCACUGGGAGUCAAUCCUCUAACGGCUAUAUGGAGGACUAUUUUGAGAACCAUGAUUUGAGUGGACCGGGAACUGGAUUUGGGACGGGUCUGUUUAGUGGUAUUACAGCGGAUGAUCUGCAGCCGGGCUCGGUACAAUGCUUACCAAUGCCUGGUCCGUUUUUGCCCUGUGCGGAUCUCUUUGACUGGUGGACACUGCGGUGUGGGGUCUGGGUUGUCUUUCUGCUAGCAUUGCUCGGCAAUGGGACAGUCGUCUUCGUGCUCGUCUGUUCCAGAUCUAAGAUGGAUGUACCCAGAUUUCUAGUUUGUAAUCUAGCUGCUGCUGACUUCUUUAUGGGCAUCUAUUUGGGCAUCCUGGCCAUUGUGGAUGCAGCCACACUGGGUGAAUUUCGCAUGUUUGCCAUACCCUGGCAGAUGUCGUUGCUCUGUCAGCUGGCUGGGUUUUUGGCGGUGCUCAGCUCCGAGCUGUCGGUCUACACGCUGGCCGUGAUUACACUAGAGCGUAACUAUGCCAUCACCCAUGCCAUACACCUGAACAAGCGUCUGUCCCUGCGACAGGCGGGCUACAUCAUGAGUGUUGGCUGGAUCUUUGCCCUGAUUAUGGCUCUGCUCCCACUCCUUGGAGUCUCGGAUUACCGCAAGUUUGCGGUGUGCCUGCCCUUUGAGACGACAACUGGCGUGGCCAGCUUGACCUAUGUGAUCAGCCUGAUGUUCAUUAACGGCUGUGCCUUUCUCACCCUCAUGGGCUGCUACCUGAAGAUGUACUGGGCGAUUCGUGGCAGCCAGGCUUGGAACACGAAUGACUCGAGGAUUGCCAAGCGGAUGGCCCUGCUUGUGUUCACGGAUUUCCUCUGCUGGUCACCAAUUGCCUUCUUCUCCAUUACGGCCAUCUUUGGACUGCAGCUAAUCUCCUUGGAGCAGGCCAAGAUCUUCACAGUGUUUGUGCUGCCGCUGAAUAGCUGUUGCAAUCCGUUUCUCUAUGCCAUCAUGACGAAGCAGUUCAAGAAGGAUUGCGUAACACUCUGCAAACAUUUCGAGGAGACACGCGUCGGUGGUACAACCGCCGCACGUGCGGCACGUGGCAAGCGUGGAGGCGACCUACCACCACCUUUGCUUCCUGCCACAACAGUGGCUCAUCCGCCUGGCUGCCGCUGCCUGAGAAUGCUGCCAAGUGAGAUGCCCAAUUGGCAUAAAAUGGAGCGGUCGCCGACGCUGUGGCAACGCCUGAAGCGCUUCUGCUGCGGCCAACGUAGACGCAAGCAGCGACGUCAGCCGCAGCAGCGUCGCCAGCGUGCCUACACAGCUGCAGCUGCGAAUCCCUACCAAUAUCAGUUUGCAGAGUUGAGGCAGCAGCGCAAGAAUCGCGCCAGCUCUAUCUCCAGCGAGAACUUCUGCAGCUCACGCAGCUCGAGCUGGCGACAUGGCGCCAACUCAUCGACGCCGGCGCCUCAGUCCAACUGCAGCAUGCCACUGAAACUAAUGGAUCCUGGUCAGGGGCAUGCACACGGCCGGCGACGCCACUCUGCCUGGCUAAUUACCAGAAAGACAUCACAGGAUUCAAAUUUGUCCAGUUCGCGCAACGAUUCUUCGGCCUCGGCCACAACAGCCAGCACCUCUACAUUCCGUUUGUCGCGUUCAAGUGCCGGAAGCAGCACUCCGUUGCCCUCGAUAAUUGCUCACAAUGGCAAACAACAGCAAGAGACUCUGAGCAAACCUCGUCUGGUGCGCCAGGAGGCAGUGCAGGAGGAGGAGGAUUCAUCGCCACCUCGUUUGGGAGUGCGGUUUCUGCCCACCAUUCCCUCUGCAGCAGAUAGCUCGGUUAUUUUGGAGGACGGUGACUCGGCCAAUACUGCCGCGGGAAGUGCUACAUUUCUGGGCAUGCCCCUACCUGGUGUCUCGAGUGGAUUUCUGGUGACGCCAGCAUCUCAACUACAACCGGAGAAUCCGCCACCAGCACCGAAUGAUGCACCACCAUGACCAAACGGUUUUCAAGGAUUUUGGGGCAGCUGGCGGAGGCAUCGGAGGAAACCUCAAGCAGAGACUUUUCUCUAGGGGUUCAAUGGGGAACAGAAAGCUCACUGUGUUCAUAGACUGUAUUGGUGGAUUGGGGAAAAAACCAGACUAAAGGUUCAUAGUGUAAUAUCGGGGCAGACCUCGUGUUGCACCUAUGCAUAUAUACAAAUAAUAUUAAGUAGUCAAUUUGUUGAAUUCAAGUCGAUGGUUAAAUUUAUAUUACCAAGCAUAAAGAAAUGUAAGCAUUUUGUAAAAUUACUUCGAUUAUUGCAAUAGUCUAAGAAAAGUUAAACAAACGCUUUUCGAUAAAAGUAUUAUGUACUACAUAAACGUAUGUAACUUAUUACUAGAUGUACGCUUUAGGUUAGACCCGUAUCUAUAGACUAACAUACACCACAUACCUGGUAUAGUAUAUAGUAUAGUACAGAGUUUAUAUAUGUCUAUAUAUAUAUAUAUUUCAAUAUACCGAAAAUGCUAAGCAUUUCUCAAGCUACCAAUUCGAUGGAAACUUGAUACGAAACGAAACCAAGCCAUAAAUAUAUUGAAGUUUAUCUAUUGAGAGUAA